AAGACCAUCUGCAAAUACCAGCCAGGGCACCGUAACGCUCCCGAUUUAACCACGCACCCCGGGCAGCGGCCUCAGUCCGAGCUGUGCGGCUCCAGACAGGCUCCCCCCCCCGCUCUCCCAGUAGGGGUUUCUUCACGUGUUUGGAUGAAAAACCAUGAUGAAAGAGGAAGAUUCAGAGGAAGUACAGAUUGACCUGGAGGACUCCAGUGACUCUGAGGAAUUUAGAAAUGGGGAGGAACCCGAAAUUCUCUGGAGGGCCCGUCCUUCCCUGGAGGAAGAGGAAGACAUUCAUACCUCCGCACUGGUGGAAAUCAGUGAUACCAAGCCUCUGAUAAACGCCCGAGACCCCCGCGGUACCAAUGACUGUCUCAAGGUGACAUUCGAGGACGUGAUUGCUGAGCCGGUGUCCGUGCGCAGUGGGGACAGAGUGUGGUUCUGGAGUAAUGCCUUGUUUGAGGUGUCUAGGGUUUGGGUCUACAGGAUAGUGACAGUGCUUCUGGCCAUUCCCAUUUCAAUUACCUCGGGUCUCCUCUUCGCCAUCCUGAGCUGCCUGCAUAUCUGGGUGGUUGGUCCGUGUAGCCGCUGUGCCCUCGUUGGGGCGCGCUGGCUGCAGAGCCUGUGGGGCGUCGUGCUGAGCAUCGUUGUGCGACCGUUCUACACGAGCGCCGCGAGAUGCUGUGGAGGAUUCAGCGUUCACAUGGCCAGGGAAUGAGACUCACUCACCCACACUGGGAUCGUUACGCACACUGGUGCUAGUGGACUGGCAUGGGCAUUGCUAGUUGAAUUUUAAAUAUCUUAUUGGAAACGUGGUUUACACAUUUCUUUUGUCUCUUUGGUCAAAUGCCAAGACAUCUGAUGGUCAUUUAUAGACGCCUUGUGACACGUUCAAACAGUCAUUUAGAGCUGUCACAGUCAAAGAAAGUGAGGAUAUUCUUGUAAAAUUGGUUUGGUGAAACAGAAAAAAUAAUCUUCAUUUCUGAUAUCAGAGUAAGACAAUGGACUCUCUUUAAGGACUUUUUGCAGUGAUGGAUGAAAAUAAGAUUGAUGAAAGUGACCAUUUUUGAUAAGCAAUUAUUUUUCUCACACUGAUAACCGACAGUAGAGUUUUGACUUGGAGAGAUUUGAAAGGAUUUCAGCACACUUUGUCAAUUUUAUUUGUAAUACUUGGGGCAGGGUUUAUAUUUAACUAUUUUUUAGUUUAGAGUAUUUUAAAUGUCUAGAACCUAAUUUUAAUUAUAGAAUUUACUCACCUUAAACCAAAGAAUAUUUAGUUCAAUAGAAAAAAACACUUACUCCAGAUGUAUUCUUAAAGGAGGAAAUGGCAAAUAACCACUUUAUACUCAUCCUUGAUUCAGGUAUUUAAUUAACAGUCUGUUAUUCCACCACUAAAUGAAUGAUUUAAAGUGAUGCUAGACUUUUUGUUCGGUUUAAGACGUUAUAUCGGUAACAUUGUACUUAUGUUGUACUUUUUGUCACUUUGUUGAUGUUGACGGAAAUGAAUUAAACACCCUAUAUCAUCUCA